UCUUCAUCUUAAUGUACCCUCACUUUUCAUUUAUGAAACGUUGGUUUAGAUCAUCAUGAUCAUCUUAUCGUAUUUCGCGUCAUCUUUUUCUUACAGGUUUGAACAACUGACCAAUUCUAAUUUUUUUUGACAGGCUUCGUGUUUUUAAGGUCAAAAUGUAAUCUUUGAUUUGUUCAAAGACAACGUUAAACACUUUUAAUCCUCAAUGCAACUUUGUGUUCAAAUAGUUUUAUUUACUUUAGUUCCGUUAACCGAGCCCACGCACAUCUAAACGCUUUAUCGUAUUUCCAUAUAACUGCAGGCAUGGUGUCCAAGAAGAACGAAACUAACAUCAUGGUCAAAAACGCCUUAGACGUGAUUUUUGGCGGGCUUUCCUACUGGAUGUUCGGCUUCGCUUUCAGCCGGGGAGAAUCUGAUCAGCCGAAUUCAUUUUCUGGGACAGCGAACUUUUUCGCAGAUGCAAGCCAGUCAAGGAUGGGAAGCGUGUUCGCCUUGUAUUUCUUUCAGGCGUCUUUUGCAACAACAGCGACCACAAUCGUAUCUGGCGCCGUUGCUGAACGUGCGAAUCUGCAAGCGUACAUGGUGUUCUCGUUCACAAACACCCUGGCAUUUUGUUUCCCUGCCUACUGGGUUUGGGGGAAACACGGCUGGCUUAAGAAGCUUGGAGUAAUAGAUGUAGGAGGGGCUAGCCCCGUGCACCUAGUGGGUGGGGUAGCUGGUUUGGUUGGGACUAUCAUGCUGAAACCUCGAAGAAACAAAUUUACCGGCGUCGGCUUGAAACAAAAGAUGGCUUCUCCAACAAAUGUCCUCCUAGGUACGUUCAUGCUCUGGUGGGGUUGGCUUGGUUUCAACUGUGGUAGCACUUUUGGGGUUAGCGGUGGUAAAUGGAAACUUGCCUCUAGAUCAGCCGUUUGUACUCUGAAUGCGUCCAUUGGCGGUGGCAUUUUCGCUCACUUGUUCGGUGUGUUGUAUUUAAAGCGUGUUGAUGUUCCGACCCUCAUGUCAGGAAUACUAGGGAGCCUGGUCAGUAUCACGGCUAUUUGCGCCGUUGCUAGGCCUGGGGAGAGCAUCUUCAUAGGCCUUGUUGGCAGCGCGAUUUCAGUUUUGGGCUGGCAAUUGUUAGAAAGACUUAAAAUUGAUGAUCCUGUUAGUGCCAUUCCGACCCAUGCCGGAUCGGCCAUAUGGGGCAUGUUAGCUGUUGGCUUGUUCGUCGAGCAAGACCGCUUGGAGGAUUUCUCCGAGACAUACGGGGUCUUCAAAGGCGGCCAUAUUAAGGUUCUAGGAGUUCAGCUCCUGGCUUGUUUAACCAUUGGUCUCUGGUCGGCGUUUGUCGCAUUUGCCCAGUUCUACAUCAUCGGUAGAUUUAUUCAUUUCCGGUUCUCUGAGUACGAGGAGAGACUGGGAGCUGAUUUCUGCGAACAUGCCGUGGAUCACAGCACUGAGCGGCUUACACCUGGGCAGCUUGAGCGCAUGCGUGCCGCACUGGCGAAUAAAAACAAACUUACAGCGGGAGUCAAUCAAGACCAAGACAGCAACAAAGGUCUGGCGCUGUUUAGAUCAGUGGCUCUUGCUUUGAGAGGUGUUCAGCGCAGCAAAAAAAUUACUCAAUCACCCAAAGAGAAGAGAGAUGACAACAAGACAGGACUGGCGAGAUUUAGAUCAGUUGUUCAUGCCUUGAGAGGUCCCCAGCGCAGCAACCGUGUCACCCAAUUUCAAGCAGAAAAUCAAGACGAUCCUACUUGUGAAAACAAGAGAGGCCCGGUGGGGCUUAGAUCAGUUGUACUCGGCAUAAAAGGCAAUCAACGAAGUGAAAACGACAUUUCGUUAGCAACGAAAGAUAAUGACUGAGCAACAAUAAGGUGCUCAUAUUGUGUGAUUUAAGACAAAAAGACUGGACAUGCUGAUCUAAAGCAGGUAUUCUAAAAUUGACAUUGACUCUACCAUUUUCGGGAAGAGUAAGUCACUCGAUCAGUAUUUAAGUGACAUUAAAGAUGAUAAUAAAAAAUUUCAAAGUGCACAUUUUUACAUGUAGCUGAAAAUUAAAGUAGAAAACGAAUCGGACACUUCUCGCCAGGUAUAUGUACCAAUUCACAACCAAAAAUACUUCAAGAAUAAUUACAUCAUUAACCCAGCCCAGGAAAACACGCUUAUUAAGAAUGUAAAUUAAGAAGCAUUUUGAUUGUUUCCAUGAAAAGUUUUCUAUUUCAUGUUAUAGCUAUAUGAAUAAAUAUUUUACCUCCAACAUAAUACUUUGUUGUUAUAUAAACCUUUCUGUUUCGG